CGAUGGUUCCGCCAGGGGAGUAGGACGGCAAGCCCCAAGCGGGAGGAGGAGGAAUAUGGCGGUCUGUGGAUAGGAAUGAGGAUGACGGGUCACGAGUCAAAUGGAUAAGGAAGCUCGGAAGAAAAAGAAAGGGGCAGGAAAGUAGGAAAAGAGGGGGGAAAAGAAAAGAAAUAAGAAAAAAAGAGAAAAUGCAUUAAUUUUUUCAUUUCAUAUGAUAAAUCACACUACAAUUGAGGGAGAAUGGAUAAGGAGGAUGGGGAAAGGGAAGGAAAUGGAGUGAAGAAAUAAUGGGAAGAAAAGAGAAAAAGAAAAGGAAAAAUGAGAGGGGUAUUAUAGACAUUUCAUCGUCUUAUCCAUGUUACACAGCCAGGAGAAGCCGUUUUCCCAAUCAUUUUUUCAACCAGACAAGCCAAAGUCAAAAAAAGUUGCUUCAUCGGAGAAGCAACAGUCGCAGCCAUUUUAGCCACAGCCGCAGUCUUGCCAAACGAGUCCUGAGACUGCUAAAGUUCUGUAACCGUCUCUGCAUGAGAGCUCGAGGCAUGUCUAGGUUGUGUUACCAUCUCUAGGCCACUACGAACCAAGUUGAAACUGAGUCCAACUAGCUUUUGAGUUCGAGCACUGUGUCCAAGUCUAAAGCUAUGCCAGGAUAUCACAUAUCAGGCUGUGUGAAGACAUCAACUCUAGGGACAUCUUGAGAAAACAAGUUAAGCAGGAAAUUGUUGGAUAUUUAAUUUUUUUUCUUGGGUAUAAAAAGUAAAGUUGGGAUGCAUACAUGUCAGUGCUGGAACUCAGUAAUAGCUUCCUGUAGUUGUUACUUGAAUGAAUAAAACCUACACGGUUACAAGAGGAUGGUAGUGAGGACAACCUGUUUGGCUGUUUAGCUGUGGCCUGUGCUGCCACUGGAGUUUUCAGUUUAACUGAAAAGUUCAUAAUAGUUAUGCAUAGGGUGGUAAAGCGCAGCCAUAUAGAAAUAAACCCUACUUAGCUUAAGACGAGAUGAAAACAUAGUGCUUAUGUGUAAUUCAGUUUCUAUCUUAGUUGUUUUUGGUUUAGAAGUAUAUAAUUUAUAUAUGCACACCUCAUCUUCGUACUACCUUUAUUUGGUAGUGGCGCCUAUAUAAACCCCUGUCCGCUCCACAUUCUCCACAGAAUCUGCAUUGCUUGCACUCUAUUCUACUGAUCCUCAUAUUUGGCCACUGAGAUGAACCAGGAAAUGCUGAAUCUCGCAGACAAUCAGCAAAUGCUCAUUGCUGGUGCUGCGCUGCUACUCGCUACCAUCACCUUCAUCAAGCUCCUCGUGUGGUCUGGUUCUAGAGGCAAGCAUCUGCCACCAACUAUCCUGGCGUUGCCGGUGGUUGGUGGGCUGAUCCGGUUCAUGCGUGGCCCCAUCUCCAUGAUCUGGGAGGAGUAUGCGCGUCUUGGCAGCGUGUUCACCCUCUGCAUACUCAACCACAAGAUCACCUUCUUGAUUGGACCUGAGGUGUCCCAACACUUCUUCAAUGGUCAUGAGUCUGAGUUGAGCCAGCAGGAGGUGUACAAGUUCACUGUGGCAGCGUUUGGCCCAGGAGUUUCGUUUGAUGUGAAGUAUUCCGUGAGGCUGGAGCAGAUCCGGAUCUUCACUGAGGCAGUCCGUGGUAACCAUCUCCGCAACUAUGUCGGUCAGAUGGUUUCUGAAGCUGACGAGUACUUCACAAAGUGGGGAGACAGUGGCACUGUUGAUUUGAAGUAUGAGCUGGAGCAGAUCAUCCUACUGAUUACUAGCCGCUGCUUGCUUGGAAGGGAGGUGCGAGAGAAUCUCUUUAAUGAUGUUGCCACCCUCUUCCGUGAUCUUUGCAAUGGGAUGCAGCCAGUGAGUGUUAUAUUCCCCUACCUCCCAAUCCCUGCACAUCGGCGCCGUGACCGGGCACGGGCACGGUUGGGAGAAAUGUUCUCCACCAUCAUCAAGUCCCGCAAGGCCUCUGGGCAGUCUGAGGAGGACAUGCUGCAGCGCUUAAUUGAUUACAAGUACAAGAAUGGGCGCCCCACCACAGAGGGUGAGAUAACUGGGCUACUUAUAGCAGUACUCUUUGGCGGACAGCAGACUAGCUCUAUCACCUCGACCUGGACAGGGGCCUACCUCCUUCAGUUCAAGCAGUACUUUGCAGCUGCUGUGGAGGAGCAGAAGGAGGUCAUGAAGCGGCACGGGAACAAGAUUGAUUAUGACAUCUUGGCAGAGAUGGACGUCCUCCACCGUUGCGUCAAGGAGGCUCUCAGGCUUCAACCGCCCCUACCCCUAUUGUUCCGCUACUCGCACUCCGACUUCACCGUGACAACCAAGGAAGGCAAAGAGCUUGUCGUCCCCAAGGGCCACAUGGUCGCGACGUCCCCGUCUGUCGCCAACAGGCUCCCCCACAUCUACAAGAACCCUGACACGUAUGACCCCAACCGGUUCGCGCCUGGAAGGAAUGAGGACAAGGCGGCAGGCGCCCUGUCGUACAUCCCCUUCGGAGGCGGCAAGCACUGGUGCAUCGGCCAGCUCUUCGCCUACCUGGAGAUUGAGACGGUGUGGGCGCACCUGCUGAGGAACUUCGAGCUGGAGCUGGUCUCCCCGUUCCCGGAGAGCGAAUGGAACUCGAUGGUCGUCGGCGUCAAGGGCGAGUUGCUGGUGAAGUACAAGCGGCGCAGGCUCGUGGUUGGAAACUAAGACCAGCCUGGUUCUCGUGCCCCAGCUCUGUCUAGGUGUUUCAGUUGUUCCCCUGUGUUACUAAGAUAGUGUUUGGUUGGUGCUAAGGUAAUGUAAACGCAAAGGGAAUCAGAUUACAGUGUAGUUGGUGGUGGAA